ACCCCAUGAAACUUGUAGCGGGGGGACUCCUCUUCAGAGCGUCGUCGUCGGGAAAUCGGAUUCUCAGCCUCCGGUGCUUGAAUCGGCAAACUAGGGUUUCUCUGUUUGGUUCCCUAAACAAUGGCGACAUUGAAAAUAAUCUCAGCAGCUCUGAAACUCGUCGACGUCAAGAAAGAGAAUCUCAAAAAAGCCUUCGAAGAUCUUCAAUCCCACUCCUCUUCUCUCUCUUCUUUCAAUCUCACUUGGUCCGACCUCGAUUCCUACUUCACCUCCCUCCAAUCCUCCCUCCAACACAACUUCAAUCUCCUCCAAUCCCAAUCCCAAUCCCAAUCCCAACCCCAACCCCAACCCCAAUCCCAACAACUUCUUCAAAUCGAACCCCAAUCUCAGUCCCCCAAAUCUUCUGUGAUCGUCAAUUCGGCUCGGCCGGAGUUGAAAUCGUUCUGUGAGAACAUGGACGGGUUGGGAUUGAGGAAGUACAUGAUUGAGCGGCCCAAAGUGCGGAAUUCGAUUAGGGUUGAGUUGCCGGAUGCCUUGCGGGGAGCUCCGGACGCGGCGGCGAUGGUUCUGGACGCGAUGGAGGGGUUCUAUGUGGCGAAUUCGAAGGGGGAUAAGGAUUUUGAAUUGUGUACUGUGAGGAGAUGCUGUGUGGUUUUGUUGGAGGAAUUGCAGGGGUUGAAGGUUGAGAUUAUUAGGGCUGAGGUGAAGGUGAGAGCGAUGAAGUUGGCGGCGGAGUGGAAGGGGAAGGUGAGUGUUGGUGGGGAGAAUCCGCUUGAGGCAUUGGCGUUUCUGCAUCUUCUGGCUGCGUAUGGGUUGGCGGAUGGGUUUGAUGUGGAGGAGCUUCUUGAAUUUGCUGUCAUAGCGGCCAAGUUUCGGCAAGCUACUGAAUUGUGUCGGGUGCUUGGUUUUGGGGAUAAGAUAUCUGAUCUUAUUAUAAAACUUAUUAGUAAAGGCAAACAACUUCUGGCAGUCAAAUUUAUUUUUGAAUUUGACCUUGCUGACAAAUUCCCACCAGUACCCCUUUUAAAAGAACAUGUGAAGGAGUCCAAGAAACUUGCUCAAAAAGUUUGCAAGGGUGGAAAGAACUCUUUUCAAUCACAGAAUGAGGCCGCAACCAAAGAAGUCUGUGCAUUGAAAUCUGUUGUGAAAGUCAUUGAGGAUCAUAAACUUGAAUCUGAGUAUCCGACGGAGAAGCUUAUGAAGCGCAUUGAGACACUAGAGAAGCUGAAGGCGGACAGGAAACGCGCUGUAACAGCCCCUGUUUCCAUGAUUCAGCAGCAGUCAAAGCCACAGGAAAUGAGUGGAACCAAGCGUCCUCGAAUUACUGCCAAUUCAACUGUUCUUGCAUCUCAGCAAUCUCAAUUACAGCCAGCAGGUUUGUUGCCAGAACCUCAUGCUCCAUACUCAAGCUCACUGGCUGGGCUGUAUGGCUUGGCAGGUUCAACUUCUGCUGUCCCAUAUGCAGGUUCAUCUGCUGGCUUGUAUGAUUCGGCACGAGCCCCUUUGGGUAUCCCUGGGAAUGUGGUGCCUACACAGCCACAUGUCAACCCUUCUGAAUCGCACCUGCCAUCUAGUUAUUUUGAUAGGCCAAUUGCCUAUGGUGGGUAUGGUUUGCCGCCACAAUAUCAUUUGCCUUACUAUCCUCAGUAGUUCCUUGUACAAUCUGUCUUUCUGGUAGUAUAAUAAUAUUUGGUGGUAUCGUAGCAUUUGCCUUACUUUGUUGCACUGAUAAUUUACAAUGUAUAUUAUAUAAAUUUAUCACAGUGAAUGUAGCACAAACUAGAUUUGGUUAUAUUAAGUGUGUUCGUGGCCUAGCCUAGCAUCACAAUAAUUUUACCUGAACCAUAAAGCUUUAGAUGUUUUUGGAAUCGAUCAUCAAUUAUUUCAUUUGAGAUUAGUUAUUUCAAGGGUUUUUGGAACUGGAACCA